AUGCGCAUGCGCGACUCCGCGCUCGAGCGCACGCCUCUUCUCCGCGGGGAGGUCGACCUCCCCGCGCGGCCGACGAGACGAUGGACGACCAUGCUUGCGUUCGUCGCGAUCGCGCUCGUCGCGACUCUCGGCAUCGAGGCGUCCACGCGCUCGACGCGCGCGGCUUCCGCGUCGCUCGGGGCGGAUUCGACGUCGAUCACGGCCCCCAAGACGAGGAUCCUCCGCGACAACGAGGUCUCGCACGCGGGCCCCGCGGACGACGACGCGCUCCGCCCACACUAUUUCGCGCGCCUCGGCGCCGCCGCCGCCACCUCCGCGCUCGACGACGAGAUCGCGACGAGACGCGCGGAAGUGGCGCAGGCGACGCGACGGUUUCAAGCCGCGAUCUCGUCCCCUAAGACGGCGUUUCUGGACGCGCGGAGCGACGUCAUGAGCAAGCGCAAGGCGUUCAUGCGCGCGCGCGCGAUCACCGCGAACGCGACGAAGUCGUUUAAGGCCUUCCCGCGGACGCCCUCGCCGGAAAAAGCGAGCGCGUACAAGGCGAUGCGCGCCGCGAAGAUGGACGGGAAAGCGAAGCACGAGACGUGGAUGGAUGCGAGAUCGACGUUCAUCGCUGCGAGAAAGGCGUUCUUCUCGGCGCGCGCGGCCGCGGCGAAGUCGACCGGGUUGAACCGAGCGAAGUACUUCGUGAAGAAAGCGAUGAAGGCGAAAGAGGCGGCGGAGGCGGAGAAGGCGGCGGAGGCGGAGAAGGCGACGCCGGCGCCGACGCCGGCUGCUUCCCCCGAGGUUGCGCAGACGCCGGCCGCCGCUUCCCCCGAGGCUGCGCAGACGCCGGCCGCCGCUUCCCCCGAGGCUGCGCAGACGCCGGCCGCCGCUUUCGAGGCUGCGCCGACGCCGGCCGCAGCGCCCACCGCCGCUCCCGAGGUUGCGCCAGCGCCACCCGCCGCUCCUGAGGGGGAGGCGGAGCUCGAGGAGGAGGAGGCGACCGCGACGCCUUCCGACGCGGACGCGGCGUCGUCUGACGCGUCCGACGCUUCCGCUCCCGUCGCCCCCGCCGCGAAAGCGACGGAGGCGCUCGCCGAGGACAUAUCCUCCGGCUCGGACUUCGAUGCCGCCGCGAUGGAACCAAAGUCCGAGCCCGCGGCGCCGCACGCGCAUUCGUCGCAGACGUGUGAAGGCGGGUUCUCGCCGUUUUGCACGGGGAAGGAAUUCGAUGAGAAAUACGGCAACGACGUCCUCGCCGCGAAAUGGACGGGGGAGACCCUGGAUAACGACGGCGACGCUUCCAACGGCGCGGUUCGCGUCUUGAAGGGAAAAGCGAAGACGUUUCAAGACUGGCUCGCGAUGGGAUCCAACGCGAAUCUGUUUAACAACUCGAUGUGCCACGACGACAUGUUGGACUGCUGCCUCAUCAACACGACCGGUUUCGAAAAGAAACGCGGGAAUCCGAACACGCCGGACAAGCUCACGUCCUGCGCGGUGCCGUACAACGACGACAUCAUCAACAUCACGAUCGGCGAGCGGCGAACGAUUCGCCUGCCGUGCUCGCCGUGUAACCCGAACGAUUGCGUUCCCCUGAGCGGGUACGUCAUCGCCACCGCGGAGACGACCGUGGUGCAUCAGAUUGGCAUCUGCGGCGGCGGCAAGAACGGCAACGAUCGCUACGGAUGCCUCCACGUCGACGGCAUCGACGAAGGUCCGAGCACGUGGACCGCGGUGGCGUAUUACGGCUACGACUCCCCCGGAGGAAGAGACGCGAACAAGGCGGGGAAAUGCUCCAUCGCGGGUCCGAUGUCCGCGUCCGCGCUCCCCGGGUUCGACGCGCGGUUCGGCGGCGGGCUCGACCACCACUUCUCCGACCACGACGAAUACUCCGGGAACUACACGGAGAAUAACGCGAACGACUGCUGCGCGAACGCGGUGUCGUUUUCGUUCAACAUCGUCCCCCCGAACCUGACCGCCGCCGCGCCCUACUCCAAAUACGAAGCGAUGAACCCGGUGUUUUCGCACAAGCCGAAGAACCGGCUGAUCAAAGGACGCGCGCGGCUCGGGAACGGCGUGGACCUGCAAACCUGCGACGCGAUCUCGGGCGGCCUUCGGACCGCGCUCGCGAAGCUCGUGUCGUCGUUCGAUCGCUGGAACAAAGGGAAGAUCAAGCGCACGUACGCCACUCUCGCUGACGUGUACGUCGAGUGCGUCCCCGCGAAGGGCUCGGUGAAUUCGGCGAGCGUCGACACGACCACGGCGUUGAGCUUCGGCGGCCCGAGCGUGUCCACGAUCGUCGAGUUCGAGAUAUACUUCUCGCAGUACUACGAACACCUCGCGACGGAGGGAUUUAAGAUGGCGGUCAAGCUGAACGACGGGAACUCGCACCACGACUACAACCCCACGGGUUUCGUGAACGAGGUCGCGUCGAAUUACUGGCUCGAGCAUCACGUGCGGGAGGCGCUCGAGGGCUCGAACGCGCCGCCCAUGGACUACAUGAAAAUGACCCUCGACGAGUGGCAGCUGUACCGUGGCUCGAAUUGCAAGCGCGACGAGUUCCCGAACGGCCACUGCGUCUUCACGAAGACAGAAGGCGCGGCAUCGGACGCGAGCGCGCCGUCGUUCGAGCCCCUGAACGGCCGCAGGACGAAAGUCCCGCCCGGAUUGGACGCCGGUCUCGCCCCCGAGGACGCGGUCGCGCUGAACAUGCACAACGACUUCCGAGCCGCGGCGGGGUUGAGAUAUCUCACCUGGAACGCGACGUUGGCGAAGCACGCGCGCGAGUACGCGGAGACCCUGUGCGAGAGCGGCAUCACCGACCACGACAUUCCGCUCCUCUCGCGACUGAACGAGGGAGAAAAUUUAUACUCUUUCGCGCACCAGACGAUGCUCGCGGGGCGAACGAACGCGCAGAUGGCGUCCACGUUCACGGAGGGGUGGUACCGCGAGCUCGAGUACUACAACUACGGCCCGAAUGGCGCGCGAUGCACGCUGCGGGACGACUACGUCGCGCCGCUGACCGCGGACUCGUGGAAACACUACUUCGGCUCGGACCCGAUGCAUAUGGGCGCGCUCUCGUCGAACAUCGGCAACGGAUGGAAGGUUGGGCACAUGACGCAGGUCAUGCGACACUCCGCGCACCAGCUCGGGUGCUUUACGACGCAGUGUUCGGGGUUCGGACGAGCGUUCGAGAAGUCGCCGUCGUACCGCUGGAUCGGCGUGUGUCGGUACAAGAACGACUUCGACUACGCCUCCGCGCCGGUGUUUAAAGGAAAGACGUUCGAGGACGGCGGGAAAGGAUACCCUUUCUCUCCGCGAGCCGCCGCGUCGAUUCGUCUUCUGCUCGAGACGUUCGCGGACAGAAGCGACGACGAGUCGUUGUGUCACAAGAGCUGCUCCGGGACGCCGAACGAGGCGUAUUGGAACGCGCUGGACGCAACCGUGGAGCUCGAGGAGGCGCCGGAGGCGGGCUGGACGCCGCCGCCGAGGAACGCGUCGGGUUCGAUGUGCACGCGGAAGCAGUUCCCGGACGUGUACGAGCCUCGAUGAGCGUGCCGCGCGCGCCCAGAGCUGUGUCCCCUGUGUAAAAGUGUUUUGUACCUUCGAAGGUAGGUGUUGUAGGUGUUGUAAAAAUGUUUUGAGAACCUAUUAUAC